AUGACCAUUCAGGAUGACCCUCCCGCCGCCACAGACCCUGUAGCAGACUUCCGUGGCGUGCGAAUACGUGGUCGUUGGAAGAUGCUGUCGCUGAUCGGGGAUGGCACCUUUGGAUCCGUCUAUAGUGUGCACGACAAAAAACUGAACUGCGACGUCGCGAUGAAGCUCGGUCACAACCAUAUAAAGAAAACGCACAACCUAAAAGAAGAGACCGACGUGUAUCGACGUAUCCAGAAUGGCCCAGGAAUGACCAAGAUGCUCUGGCACGGAACUGCUGCUACAUACGAUGUGUUAGUGAUGGAGCAGCUCGGACCGUGUCUACAUGAACUGCUAAACUAUUGCGGUCACUUCUCCCACCGAACAACCGGCAUGCUGGCAGUACAGAUCUUCGAUGCCAUCGAGUUCCUCCAUUCAAAAGGAUUCAUCCAUUGUGACAUAAAACCCACCAAUUUCGCGAUGGGGACCGGCGAGAACUUUCAUCGUUGCUUCCUAUUUGAUUUCGGCUUGGCGGCUAGAUACCUGGACGACGAGGAUAUUCAUCGCGAAUACUCCGAAUACAACCAAGUGAUCGGAACGAAUGCAUUCGCCUCGGUCAGCUGCCACCUAGGACUGCAACUAUCGCGAAGGGAUGACAUCGAAUCGUUGGCCUACAUGUUCAUAUACUUCGCAAAAGGAACACUGCCGUGGCUAGCCUAUCGAGAGCAAACGAAAACCCAGACCCAUGAAAAAGUCUUCUUGAAGAAGACCGGCCCGCAGAACCUAGAGAAGCUAUGCACUGGAUUGCCGCCCGCAUACAAGCAUCUACUGGUCGAUGCUCGCGAGCUGAUGUACACUGAAAAGCCGGACUACAAGGGAUAUAAAAGGCUUUUCCAAGAGCUCUGGCUGAUUCAAAAUCGGGAGAGUGGACUACACUAUGAUUGGAUGUAUAAGCGAGAGGUGGAAACCCUUGUCCGAGAGAUGCCACCACCGACACCGAAGAGCAGUCCGCCAGUGUUUCAACAAACGUCACUAAAUUUAUCCAUUGGCCAGCCGAGU